AUGACCCAUUUCGCUGUCCCCCUUCCAAGUAUUUGGCUAACCUGUCGCGCCAAUCGCCCCGUCGCCGCGCACAGAAAACAGCGAACCGUGACAAUCAACCAAAACCACGUUUCAGCCUCAAGUUCUUCUAGUGGAUACGACGACGACGAAGCUGAGUCGUCAAUACAACACAGUGAGGACUACAGCGGGUCCAUAGUUGACGACGACGACGACGAAGAAGAAGAGGAGGAGGAGGACGAGUGGGGUGAUGAGUACGACGAGCUCGACCCUUCGGAUUCAGCGUCAAUAAGCAACGAGUAUAAGCACGUGCUUCCGCGAUCCCACAGCCCACACCCAAUCCGUGGUGGUCCAGGAGGCUAUGGUGUACCACCACCGCACCUUCAACCGUAUAUGUACAACGCCCCGCCGCCGCCUCCGACGGAGGCGCCUGCCCCCAAACCCCCGACGCCUGCCCCUCCCCCGCCCGAGAAGCCAAACCCAGAGAUGGAGGCGCUGAAAGCCCAACUUGCCAAGUUUGAGCAAGAAGAGAAGAGAAAGGCAGAGGCGGAGAGGGUGGCGGAAAUGAAGGCCAACAUGCAGAGAGAAGCUGAAGAAGCGCUUAAAAGGCGGAUGGAGGAUAUCCAACGAGCGCAAGAUGAAGCAAAGAAGGCGAUGGAGAUAGCAAAGGCCGAGGCUGACAGAGAGGCGCGCGAGCGGCUGGCGGCGGAGAAGAGGGCAGAGGAGGCGAGGCAGAAAAUGCAGGAAGAGGCGUUGGCGCGGAUCGAACGGGAGGCUCGCGAGCGGAUGGCGGCGGAGAAGAAAGCAGAGGAGGAAAGGCAGAAGGUGCAGGCAGAGACGAUGGCGCGGAUCCAACGAGAGGCCCGCGAGAAGCUCGAGGCCGAGAUACGAGCGGCCGAGGAGCGUAAGAAGCGCGAGGCGGAGGCUGCCGCCCUAGCUGAAGCCCAGGCCAAGGCCAGGAUCGAGUUAGCCAUCCGGGAAGAGCAGGAGCGAAUCCACGCCCGGAUCAAGGCCGAAGAGGAAGCGAAAGCCGCCGCCGCCGCCAAAGCAGCCGAGGAGGCGGAACGACUGAAGCGGAUCGAAGAGGAUGCCAAGAAGGCGCUGGAAGCGGCCAUCAAAGAACAAGAGGCUAAGCUCGCGGCCGCCCUUCAGGCCGAGCGCGAGAAGAUUGAAGCCGCCCAGAAGGCCGAGGCGGAAGCGAAAGCCGCUGCCGCAAAAAAGGCAGCCGAGGAAGCCGAAUGGCGGAAGCAGCUCGAGGCAGAGGCCAAACUCAAGGCCGAGGUCGAGGCACGGGAGAAACUCGAGGCCGAGCGCAAGGCGGCUGAGGAGGCCAAGGCCGCUGAAGAGCAAAGGAAAAAGGACGAGAAGAUCUACAAGGACAAGCUUCUCCAGGAAGCCAAGGACAAAGCUGAAGAGGCUGCAAAGAAGAAAGAGAAACUGCCCAUCAAGUUCAAGGAUGCCGUCGGCCGCAAGUUCAGCUUCCCCUUCCAUCUGUGCCAGACGUGGCAGGGUAUGGAAGAGCUUAUCAAGCAGGCCUUCCUACAUGUCGAGGUCAUCGGCCCGCAUGUCCAAGAAGGUCACUACGACCUGAUCGGACCCAACGGCGAAAUCAUCCUCCCGAGCGUGUGGGAAAAGGUUGUUGAGCCCGAUUGGGCCAUUACCAUGCACAUGUGGCCAAUGGACAAGGCGCCACUUCGCCAGCAGAUGCCCCCCAACAUGCAGCCCGGCGGCAUUCCCCGUCCUCAGCACCCCGGCCAUCACCCGCAACACCCCCAGCGUCCCCCACCUGGUAUGGCCUCGGCCUUCAUGCGCCCGCCAAGCGCCCGCCCAGGAGGUGGCGGCAUGCCCAUUCCGCCCCCGCCACCAGGCAACAUGUGGCCGGGCGGUAUGCCAGGCGGUAUGCCAGGUGGUCCCGGCGGCAUCCCGACUGGCGCUCGGAUUGUGCGGCCGUCGAUGGAGCCGCAAAUCGUGAGCGUCGAUCCCAACAAGCCACCCAGGAGAAAGGAUAAGGGCGCUCCGUCGUCCAUGCUCGGGUGGAUGGCCGGAAGCAAGCCCAAGAGCAGCAGCAAGAAGUACGUUGGCAUCCCCUAG